AUGAGCGUGAAAUGUUCACUAUUGUUGCCUGAUUGUUUCAGUUUGGAUGCGAGUGAGCAUCGCCGAUACAGGGCAACAGCAACAGAAACGGCAAGAGCACUAGAAUCCGAGAAUGACGAACACUUCCAACAGCAACACCGACACGGCAGUGGAAAUGGUGAUGAGAAGCAAUCAUCAUCGUCAGCAUCGUCGUCCACAUCGGUGACAGAUUCGACGCCAAACCCGCUCGACGCAAUGCAGAAAAUGUGGGCCGAAACGGAACCGCCACCACCGCGGCAAGCGCCAGUCCUGUCAAAGCACCAGUGCGGCGUGUGUUUCAAGCAUUUCAGCAGCAGCUCAGCUUUGCAAAUUCAUAUGCGAACACAUACCGGUGAGGGGAUUUUUCAUUGUAAAUCGAAUAAAAUAUUAUGUUUCUCAAAGUGA